AAUAAGCAGUAAAAUUCCUUUUACCGUUUUGGCUUAAAAUAAGAGUAUUCGAAAUUUCGAAGAGCGCAUCAGAAAUUGAAAGUGUUUAGAGACGUAUGCGCAUUAUAUGUACCAUAUACACAUAUAUGCUUAGUUGUGUAUAUCAAUUUGUAUGCAUGUGUGAGAGAGGAGAGGCGAAAAGCUUUAAGACAACAGCAAGAACAGCGCAGGCAAAAAGCAACGAAACGCAAGCAAGAAAAAACACACACAAAAUCAGCUGUGAGAUUGUUUCAUAGCACCAGAAGCAGCAGAAGCAGUAGCAGCAGCAGCAGCAUCAGAAGCAACAAGAACAAGAGAAGUAAAAGUGUGUGCAAAUUGUGUGAACCGUAAGAAGAAAACAACAGAAGCAGACGAAGAGCAGCUAUUGCCCUCUCACCCGGCCUCGCUCUCUCUCUCUCUCUCGCUAUAUUUUUGGAAAGGAGUCGUAACAUCAGCUUGGAAUCCACGGCCAUCUAUUCCGCUCUGUAAUGGCUCAACUUCGUUCCUUGAGCGCCCCACGUACAACAAUUAAAUUCGUUUACUACAGUCGCAACGUUGGCAGCAUCAGCAGCGUCAGCAGCAACGGUUAUUUGGCCAGUGCAGCGGCAUUUUGCAACAACGGCAAACGUUGCCAUAGAAGAAGCCUACAUACAGCAUGCGCCAGCGCCAGCGUCAACGUCAACGCCAACGCAAGCAGCGGCAGCAAAAAUGCUGCUCUGGACAUGGUGAGCGCUCUGCAUUCGCAUCGAUAUGCGCUGCGCUGGCAGAAUCAAUUCUUGAACGGCGCUCGCUGCCUGCACUCGGCGGCGCGUGAGCAGCAGGCGCAGGUAGCGAUUUCAGCGGUCACUGACGAUGGUGGCAGCGCCGCCAAACGGGGCGCAGCCGAUGCGAAGCCCUACCAAUCGAAGCCCGAGGGCAAGCCCCAGCGCGAUCCACUCGAUGUCAGCUUCAAUGAUCCGAUAGCGGCAUUUAAGAGCAAAACCACAUGGGAGCUGGUGCGCGCUUAUAUGGUCUACAUGAUCUGUUCCAGCGAGAAGCUGGUUGAGCACAAUAUGACGCUUAUGAAAUGGUCAAACAAAAUAUUGGGUAAAAGGUUAUUUACAGCAUUGAUGAAGGCAACAUUUUAUGGCCAUUUUGUCGCUGGCGAGGAUCAGAUCAAGAUAAUACCCACAUUGGAAAGACUACGCUCGUUCGGCGUCAAGCCCAUUCUGGACUAUUCCGUCGAAGAGGAUAUCUCCCAGGAGGAGGCCGAGAAGCGUGAAGUUGAAUCUUCCGUUUCGAGCACCGGUGAUAAUGCCCAGGAUGCGGGCGCCUUGCCGCAGUAUCAUGUGGACAAAUCGUUUGCCGAUCGUCGCUACAAGGUGAGCAGCGCACGCACCUAUUUCUAUUUGAACGAGGCCACCUGUGAACGCAACAUGGAGAUAUUCAUCAAGUGUCUGGAGGCCGUUUCCGACGACGAUAGGAAAGAGCCGCGUGCUGCGGCAACGGGCGCCACCUUCGGAACUGGCAUCACGGCCAUCAAAUUGACCGCCCUGGGCCGUCCACAGCUGUUGCUGCAACUAUCCGAGGUCAUAAUGCGCACACGUAAAUAUAUGGAGGCACUUGUCGGCGGCGAGGGCAACGUGCUAACCCAUCACAAGACCAUCAAGGAUCUCGAGAAGUAUUAUGCCAGCGUUGGCGACAACAAGGAUGUACAGCAGUUCUUGCGGAACGUCACAUCCGAUAAGGAGGGUAUACUGCAUCUGUUUCCCUGGUCAGGCAUUGUAGACGAAGAUUCACAGCUGAGCGACACAUUUCGCGUGCCCGAUCCGAUAACGGGUCAAAUGCGUCGACUGAUCUCACAAAUAGCGCCCAAAGAGGAGGAGAUGUUUAGAAACAUGAUACGUCGUCUAAACACAAUUGUAAAGACUGCCGCUGAGCUGGACGUGCGCAUUAUGAUUGAUGCGGAGCAAACCUAUUUCCAGCCAGCGAUUUCGCGCAUUACGCUGGAAAUGAUGCGCAAAUAUAACAAGGAGAAGGCCAUUGUAUUCAAUACCUAUCAGUGCUAUUUGCGUGAGGCCUACCGUGAGGUGGUCACCGAUUUGGAGCAGGCCAAGCGACAGAAUUUCUAUUUCGGUGCUAAGCUAGUGCGCGGCGCCUAUAUGGAUCAGGAGCGUGCACGCGCCCAGGCGCUCGGCUAUGCCGAUCCCGUGAAUCCCAGCUAUGAGGCCACCACGGACAUGUAUCACAAGACGCUGGCCGAGUGUUUGCGUCGCAUCAAGUUGCUGAAGGAUUCGGACGAUGAUGCUCGCAAGAUUGGCAUUAUGGUUGCAUCGCAUAAUGAGGAUACGGUACGUUUUGCCAUCGAGAAUAUGAAAUCGAUUGGCAUUUCGCCGGAGGAUAAGGUCAUCUGUUUUGGUCAAUUACUGGGCAUGUGCGAUUACAUCACCUUCCCGCUGGGUCAGGCCGGCUACUCGGCCUACAAGUAUAUACCGUAUGGACCCGUUGAGGAGGUGCUGCCCUAUUUGUCGCGUCGCGCCCAGGAGAACAAGGGCGUUCUCAAGAAAAUCAAGAAGGAGAAACGAUUGCUCGGCAGCGAGAUACGCCGUCGCCUCUUUCGCGGCCAGCUCUUCUACAAGCCCAAGGGCAACUAUGUGCCCAUCUAAACAAAAGCUCCGGUUCCGGCUUCGGCAUCGGCUACGGCUUCAGCGUGUUGCGAGUUAGGCAGGCCAUCCAUGUGUGUUGUCCGGGCAAAACGAUACACGAAUAUAGCAUAAAUAAUACAACUGACAACAACAACAAGAACAACAAAAAUGACAACCCGACUAAAGAACACACGCCCGAGAGCCUAGAGUGAAAUCCCGCCUGUGGAUUGUGUGUGUGCGCACUAUUAUUAUUAUUUUUUUUUUAGUAUUGUUUUGUUUUUAUAUUCUAAAUGUUCUAACGUUAGAUGCGUCCGAUACCCAAACGGAAAUCGAUUUAUCUAUAUAUAAUAUAUAUAUAUAUAUAUAUAUAUAGAGAGAAAGAGAGAGAGAGAGAGUUAUUUAAAGAUAUGCGCCGAAUAUACACGAAACUGCAGAGCAGCAUAAAACUAAGAUCUAAAGAAUGUGAAACCUUAUAAUUUUAUAUUCAACAUGUUUUACCGCCUAUACAUAUAUAUAUAUAUAUAUAUAUAGAGAG